AUGGCUACCCCCAGUGUCCUUACCUUUGAUGCUGAGGGUCGUGCUGUUGACUUCGAGGUCUGGGUCGAUGACCUGAAGCUCUUCCUACAGUGCGAUAGGGCAGACGGAUUCUCCCUGUUUGAUCUCACCUCUGGUGCCUCUCCUGCCCCGCCUGCUGAUGCUGACAGCACUGCUCGCUCACAGUGGCCCACGCGCGAUGCUGCUGCCCGUCUUGCUGUGCUUGCACGCUACUCUUCCCUUGCCACUGCUGCCCUUAGCCGCCUCAUACUACCGUACCUGUUUCCUGACCUCGCCGCCUUUCCCACUGUCGCUGACCUCGUUACGCACCUUCGCACUUGUGACACCCGCUACCGCGCUGCGCUUCCUGCUGAGUUCUGCGCCAAGAACCCCCCCCCCCCCAUGUACAUCACCCUCUACUACAUAGUCACCCGGCUCCCUGACUCCCUUCGCUCGGUCAGGGACCACUUCCUCUCUGUUUGCCCCACCACACUCACUGCUGACCACCUCGAGGAGCGCCUCCUGGCAGAUGAGAAGAGUAUAGUCGCUGUAGGAGCCUCUCGAGGUGACCCGCGUGCCCCUGUCUUUGAGGGGUGCUCCCCCUCCCCCCUCUUGCCCUCUGCUGCCUCUGCUGCUGCCGUCAACUUCGUUGGCACCGAGUCGGUCGGCGCUGCGUCUGCCUCUAGCGGGCGACGCCGCACUGGCAAGGGCAAGGGGGGCAAGGGCGCUGGAGGAACUGGCGGGGGCGGUGGAGGUGGAGGUGGAGGAGGCGGAGGGAGUGCGGGUGGUAGUGGGAGUGGUGGCGGGUGUGGGGGCUUCGGUGGCGGCAGUGGCGGCAGAGGCGGCGGCGGCGGUGGCGGAGGUGGCGGCGGAGGAGGUGGAGCUAGUCGGGGUGGCUCUGCGCAGCGGGGCGGCUUAGGUGCUGGUCAGCGCCAGCAGCAGCAGCGCACUCGUGAGACCCCGUCCCUCCAGCAGCUUCGUGAGUGGUACGCUGCGCGUCAGCGAGGUGGGGGUACUCGUCCCUGUACCUACGUCCUCCGUACCGACGACCACGCUGGUAAGCAGUGCGUGGGCUAG